AGACGGGGGAGAGAUCAAGUAGCCCACACACUGUGCAGUGUGUGCGGAGGGGUGAUGCCUCGAGAGCGCAUCACAGGACGACAAAACCCCACUGCAAGACGCAGUGCCAGAAUAGAGCAGCUUUGGCACGGGAGCUGGUUUCCUGUAGUUUAUAGGGGAGAAAAAGGGGGAAUAUCGUCUUAUACGAAUCCUUAAACAUACUUCUAAUCAUGCCGGAUCAUCUUUGCUGGCUCGAGGAAAUGUAGUGGAGAGGAGAAAAGAGGGGAACUCCGCCGGUGGAGAGAUCUGGGGAUGCGUGGACACGGUUAUGGGUGAUUAAUGCCAUUUUGCAGCUGCACAACAAAGACUGGAUAUGCGCACAAAAAGUGGAGAUAAGUGAGUUGGACACAGGAUGGACACUGCGGAGGUGAUUCUCUCCGUGUUGGUGGUUGUGAUUAUCAUAGUGUCGUUGCUGUCCAACAUCCUGGUGCUGAUCUGCUUUCUGUACAACCCGGAGAUCCGCAAGCAGGUGCCCGGUCUGUUCAACCUCAACCUCACCUUCUGCAACUUGUUGCUGACCGUGGCCAACAUGCCGCUCACUUUGGUGGGACUUGUCAGCAAGGCUCAGCCGGGAGGGGACGGCUUCUGCCAGAUCGUGGGCUUCCUGGAAACCUUCCUGUCCACCAACUCGAUGCUGAGCAUGGCAGCGCUGAGCAUCGACAGGUGGAUCGCGGUGGUGUUCCCACUGAGGUACCACUCCAAAAUGCGCCACAAGGACGCGGCGUUUGUGCUCGGGUACACGUGGGCGCACUCCAUGUCCUUCUCCACGGUGGCCACCUGCCUCUCCUGGGUGGGAUACCACCGGCUUUACGCGUCCUGCACCCUGUCCAACCCGAGGGCGAGCAGUCGGACCCAGUUUGUUAUCUUCACCGUCUUUUUCCACUCCUUCACCUUUCUCCUGUCUUUUAUAGUGCUGUGUGUCACAUACCUCAAAGUGCUUAAAGUGGCGAGGUUUCACUGUAAGAGGAUCGACGUUAUCACAAUGCAAACUUUAGUGCUGCUGGUGGAUAUACACCCCAGUGUUCGCCAGCGUUGCCUGGAGGAGCAGAAGAGGAGACGGCAGAGAGCCACGAGGAAGAUCAGCACCUUCAUCGGCACCUUCAUGCUCUGCUUCGCUCCCUAUGUGAUCACAAGGAUCGUGGAGUUAUUUCCAGCGGUGCCUAUCAACCCCCACUGGGGAAUCGUCUCCAAGUGCUUAGCUUACAGCAAGGCAGCCUGCGACCCCUUCGUGUACUCCCUGCUCCGACACCAGUACAAGAAGACGUGCGCUGACAUCAUCAACAGGCUGCUGAAGCGUAGCUCCUUGAACGCAUCCGGGCGCGGGCACGAGAACCAAGUCCACAGCAUACCCGCCGCAGAGUGACAGGGAGUGGGCUGAUACGGUCUGAGGGUCGACCCGGCAACUGUCAGGAAAAUAUGUGGCUGAUUUAUCGUCCACGAAGAAGAGAACAAAUAUUGGUUGUUCCUGUCCACGUCUGCUUAAAUUUGGUCUGACAUGCCAAAAAGAAAAAAAAAGUGACUACAGACAAGGGCAAAUCCCUGCGCAGGAAUACCACUGUGCUUGCAUACUGAGUCCCCAGAACAGCAGAUGAGUGCAGUGAACUUGUGAGGACAAUAAGCAACGGCAGAUUUCACAUCCACCUGGAGACACAGAUGUGCUCACCCAAGAAGAACGGCCAGUUCAUAGCCUCAUUAUUCUAACCGGGGUAGCUUUCAGUCUGAUAUUGCUUUUGUUAGACAUUACUGUAGUAUAUACUCAUAUUAUCUUUACAUAAAAGGAUAGGGAAUGGCUGUAUGUCUGUUUUAGUCUGUGCAAUGUGUUUGCAAGUGAUACACUGGCACUGUAUGUAGCACUGACAACUAGCCUAACCAAAACUUGACAGUCCCCAAAUUGUAUCGCAGACGAAGAGAAGGUGCCGCUGCACAGUUCGGCUCAGGUUAUUUCAGACUUGAUGGGGUAAAACACACUCCCGAUUUAACAAAUUUUAAGGUACUUUUAUUUUUGUAGUACGUUGCCUUGUAGUGUAACGGUCAACGAAGGAAAAAGCAAGAUUAUGAGUUUUUCUGGGUUUCACAUUGCCAUCGUUUCUGAAGGACUUACCGACCCGGCCAAGUGGAGUUUUAAUGGGAGAAAUAGGCCUUCAAACCGGCUGCCUUUGCUGUCAUGACUGACAUGUGCCCCUCAGGUUGUUUAGUCAAGUGGAGCGUGAUCAACUGUACUUGGCCGGGUUUUGUGCUCACAGAGAGGAGUAGAGACCGCCUCAUGCUUUCUCACACGUUUGAGGGAGA